GUGCCGCAGUCUUUUUUUCCAGCCACUUUGUGGCUCAACCAUGGUCCCACUUUACAAUACGGCCCCGCUUUGGUGGAAGGCACGGUGGGGUCCCCAGAAGCUCUGGGCUUUCAAUUAAUUCCUCGCCAGCGAGGCGCGUCCAAGACGCGUUAAGAGGCUUCCCCCGCGAAAACCUGACCGACUCGCAAAAGCCUCUAGUACAAUCCAACUACGGCCGUUAUGACAUUCUAUCAACCCCCCCGGAUACACGAUUCAGUCUUAAGCCUUACCACGCCGAAAUGAACAUCGUCCGAGAACACUACAAUGAUGGCAACCGUGCCUUCCUCCAAGCCUUCCUGGCUCGGGGCACCCUCACCUACGAAGACGCACAACCUAUCCUAGCCGGUAUCUUCACCGUUGAAGCCCAAGAUGGCGAGCCAGUCGCCCCCGAACAGGUCACGAUGGAGGACUUUGACUCCUAUCUGCAAGCCGCAGCCGAAGGCGUCUCAUUCUUCGACUACGAAGUACGAAGCGCAAUUCAUCAAGUCACCAAGAAGCGCAUCUACGCUCUCGUGAACACAGCCUCCGAUCUCAUGACACAACUCGCGACCACAUACAACGCCGAGCAGAUCGCCUUCACAAAAAGGCUAUUAGACGCCAUGUUCGAGACGUACAACUCCCCGCGCAUGGAGCUCAUGUGCAUUACGGAGAUGCAGGCUAUUAAGUUGGCCCGCCCUCCACGACAGAACAAUAACAACAAUAAUGACGAGAACGGAGAGCCCACGCAAACACAAUCUUCCUCAGACAAGGGACUUAAGCACAGCGAAGUGGAAGACAUGCUAGCGAGCCUGGUGUACCAGGGCUGGCUGGAGAAGUCCAAGGACGGUUUCUACAGCCUCAGCCCGCGAGCGCUGCUCGAGCUCAGGGCAUGGCUGAUUGACUCGUUCAACGAUCCCGACGCGGCAGCGCAGGACUGGCAGCGCAUCAAGUUCUGCGAGGCGUGCAGGGAGAUCGUUACAGUCGGACAAAGGUGCGCGGAACGAGACUGCAACGCGCGCCUGCACAACACAUGCCAAGAAGGGUACUGGCGCACUCAGCGGAGUCACAAAUGCCCCAAGUGCUCAAAGGACUGGGACGGGGAACAUUAUGUGGGGGAGCAGGCCAUGACUAGCACAGAGGCGUACCAAAGGGGCCGCCGGAGGAGUGGAGGAGGCAGGAAGAGCAAUGUCGCAGACGAAACCAUACACGCAAACGGUGAGGAGGAAGAAGAAGAAGAAGAAGAAGAAGAAGAAGAAGCAGAAGGCGAGGAUGAGGCAUGAUGAAGCAUAGAGAAAGACGUGAAAGCUCUACCCCUAGGAUGCGAAGGGCAGUUUUCACGAAAGAUACCCCAUGAUGGCGGCUAACUCAGCCGAACCACUCAAUAUUUACCAAUAGCAUACCUACAUAUUGUCCAAGACAGCUGUCAAAUGAGACUCGAUGAGCCGCAAUGCUCUUAAAGGUUCUUCAUUUCUCCAUAUCAGCCCCAACAAAAGAGGCGACAUAUGAACUGGUGAUCAUUCAUGCUCUUCCAUUGGAUGCCUCCGGCGCAACCUCAAACAACCGCUCUUAAGCGAGCCGGCAGCUGGACCCGGGUCCCCACUCUUGCCCAAUUGCACCGCCACAUCGGAGGCCGCUCCAAGGGUGACAUCACAUGUGGCUGUGCAAGCUACCCCAGCUUGCCCGCUCAGCCAAUCCAACACAUGAGCUUGCACGA